ACCUGUGGACAAAGAAAGCGAAAGAGUUUUUGAGAGGAAAAUGUGCAUGAAGUAGCCUUCACAGCAAACGCUGAACGAGACCAAACGUUUUUCGGGGUCAAUGACCUAGGUAGCGCAUGCGCUGUGUAUAGCUGGAAUUAAACAGCUGAUUCUCGCUUCCUCACGUUCAAAUUGGAGAAAUACGGCGCGCUGUUAUUGCAUCUGCGUGCUGCAGAUUUUAACUGAUCGACUACAUGGUACGAUGCUUCAAAAACAGAACUUUCGGAAACUGGUGCUGGACUAAUAUUUCCUGCUCCUCGUCAGUACAUGUGGUACUCUUUCCUGCAUGACGUAGUUAGCACUCUACUUUGAUUUUCAGCAGUCCUAACACAUUUCAUUAUGCAGCCUUCCGUAUUUAGCAAACGGCCGAGCGGUAAAGUCUCUAAACACUGAUAGUUCAUCCUCUGAUCGAAUCCAAGCGAACGGACUAUCUGCAUGGGCGUUUUUGUGGUUUGCUACGGAAUCUGAAAAAAUUAUGCUCCUGACUGCGUGGGUGCGUACCAUGAGUUUAUUCCACGACAUUAAGUUAAAACGUCGUAAAGUAGACACCCACUGCAAUAGUGACGGUGAGAUUAGUGCUGAUGUUAACACAUCAUCACCAGAGAGCAUAACAACUGAAAACCCUACAAGGGACGGAGACGCCGGUUCAGCAUCUGGCGGUUCUACGAGCCAGACAUACCUUUCAGAAGAUGGUGUAUCUCUUGCGUCUGGAUCUCCGCCGCAGUUAGAAGUAAUGUGCCCUGAAGUUUCUGUAUCGCGUAAUGAUCGUGAUACUAGUCCCCGCCCAGAUCAGGACACGAAGUGCAAAGGAGAAAUGAGAGACAAUGAUUACAUUGUUAAUGGUAUUGUGGAAAGCCCGCAACAUGAGCGCAGAAAUAGUGUCUUCGAUGGUGGAGGUGAAAGAAGUGAUGGUCCAGAAGGUUUAGAUCUAAGUCGCAAUAGAAGAGAUACAUCAGACGGCAACAACACAUCUAGAUCAUCAUUCGAAGAGUCUAAUGCAUCAGUUUUACGAUUGGUUAAUAAUGCAUACAAACCUCCCCUUCUAAUGGGAGACAUACCCGGUGCGGGUCCAGGAAAGACUAUGGUGUGGUCAACGCCAAGUAACGAUCGUUAUGAUUGCACAAAUUUCUUGCCACCUCUUGUUGUGGAGAAUACAAAGCAAAACGCAUCUUCACCUACAAAAUUGUCCCCUAUUUCUGGGAGCAACCACAUAUGCUCUUCUCUUUCACCUUUGUCGCAACAAGUUACCAUAUUGCCACCCUCAGCAUGUGUAACCUCUGCAGUGGUUCCUGCAUUUCCGACUUCACAUUAUAAUACUUCUCAAACUAAACCCACUUUUGUACGUGCUGUGAACUCUUAUACUUCUUGUAACAACGCCAGUAGAGAUAACUUAAUGUGUUAUGCUGCCAGUACUAGCCGAGCCUCUUUCAGCGGACGAGAUGAUAGUGUCCCUCGCUUUUGGCACAGCAAUGGUUUAACAAACGGAGAUUCUUCUAAAACCCUUACAACCAUCAACUCUCCGUCUUCGUCAACGCAUGUGCCUGAUUCACAAGCUCUAAAUCUUACGGUAAGUGGGCCAGUUAUUAGAAAAAGUGAAGUAUCAGCCGCUCCAUCAUCAUCUGUUACUCGGACCGGUAAUGAAGAAGAGGAUGAAACGCCUAUGGUGUGCAUGAUUUGUGAAGAUAAAGCAACGGGCCUACACUACGGUAUCAUCACCUGCGAAGGGUGCAAAGGUUUCUUCAAACGGACGGUUCAAAACAAGAGAGUAUAUACUUGCGUAUCUGAGGGUAACUGUGAAAUAACAAAAGCUCAGCGAAAUCGAUGUCAGUACUGUCGAUUUCAGAAGUGUUUACGUCAGGGUAUGGUUCUGGCUGCUGUACGGGAGGACCGCAUGCCUGGAGGCAGAAACUCGGGCGCAGUGUACAACCUAUACAAAGUGAAAUACAAGAAGCACAAAAAAGGUUCAAAGAACAACCAUUUCAAACAUAUGGAAACAAAGAUUCAUAACACCACUACUGCUAAUCACAAUCACAAUCACAACAGCAAUCAUCAUGUCGCUGUGCCUACUCCUACUCCUACUCCUGAGUGGACGAACGGCCAGAUAUUGAAAGCGGCUCUUACCAGCCCUUGUGACAUCGUGCAGCUGAGGCAUAAUUUAGAAACUUGGAUUAUAUCCUCUCAAAGCAGGAAAAUGAAUCCGGAUCGUGCAAUGGCUCUUAUUAGUCAGCUAAUUAAGUGCGACGAUUUUGAGGACAUCGCAAUUGUAAGGAAUUUGGACGAACUUAAAGAAGCUAAAGCAGAACUCAGUGACAAACUUUGUCAAAUCGGAGAUACGAUUGUGUACAAAUUAGUUCAAUGGACGAAACGUCUGCCAUUUUAUUUUGAAUUGCCAGUCACAGUACACACUCAGCUGUUAUCGCACAAGUGGCAUGAGUUACUGGUUUUGACAACAUCAGCAUAUGUCGCUAUUCGUUCUAACAACAACAAUAACAACAACAACAACAACGGCCCCAGUUCAAGCGGCUACAACAGUGUUACGAUUAACGGAAGCGGAUCCCGAUGUUCUGAGGAUGAACUCCAGCAUGAAGUUGGAAUAGGUUUGAGCGCUCUCCAUUCUGUAUUAGGAGCACUGGUGGAUGGGGCUAUUUCCUUGGAGCAACUAAGAAUGGAAGCUGGAGAACUUGUAGAGCAGCUUACUCAACUCACUGCAACGUUCCGAAAAUUACAGCUUUGCUUGGAGGAAUAUGUUUGCUUAAAAGUAGUGGCUAUGCUGAGUCAAGAGAGCUACCAAGGACAACAAGAUAUUGAAAAGAUCCAGGAUAGGUACUUGACAGCUUUGACGGUUUUUGUACAGAAUCGGUUCCCACAACAAGCCAGCAGACUAAGAGAGCUACUUGCUUGUUUAUCUGAAAUACAAUCCGCCGGUGAGCUUUUGCUGCGUUCGAAGAUGUUUUUUGUUCCCUUGUUCUUGAAUGUGAAUUGUGCUAGAUAGCAUGGAAUAACAAACACUUUUAUCUGUUUGCAACAUUCACCUCCUGGAAUUAACUAAAUGAUGACUAGAUUAUGGGGAUGCCAUUACAGAUUGGGCGACUGCAAUGUUCGACUAGUCAGACUAUCAAGGAAAGGCGUCCGGACGAGUGGUAUUGGUGACUAAUUAUAAAGGAAAGAAACCAUGAUGUGCAAUAGACCGAUUUAAGAACGUUGUGUACAGAUAUACAAGAUUUGUAAGAUUUUUUUUUCGUUUUUAAGCAUUGUAGAAAAUCUUACAUCCUCCAAGGGUACAUUCUUGCUAUUGACUUAUUAAAGCAAUUUUUGUUUUGUCUGAAA